CCACACUUUUCGGUUCUCUCACUCACAUUUGCGUGACAGAAGUUGUAUUACUUUUGCAUUGUAAACUUGAAUUAAAUUUUAAUUAACUGCUUAAAUCACGUUUUAUUAAAUAUUAUUAGACUAUUGUCAAUACGGAAUCCAUUUUCUGGUAUUAUUUCAAAAGAGAGCAUUUUGCUGAUGUGAUAUUAUAGAAAUGUCAUCAUAUAUGGCAGGUGUUUUUGAUUUGGAUUUAGAUGUGGAUCCUGAUACUGUAAACGUUGGAGAUUCAGACGAGGACGAUAUUAUUGAAGUCGACGAGGUCGAUUACGAGCCCGAAUUGCACGUGAAUAGCAUUGUUGAACAAGAAGGUUCUGAGACAAUCCAACUAUCUGAAGACAAUGUUAACCCAGGACAAUGCAAACGACUCGGUCCUCAAGAUUUCGAACUGCGCAAGGUUUUGGGAAAGGGUGGAUAUGGCAAGGUGUUUCAAGUGCGGAAAAUAACAGGAACUGAUGCUGGUGCACAUUUUGCUAUGAAAGUGCUCAAAAAAGCUUCCAUAGUUCGAAAUCAAAAAGACACUGCACACACAAAAGCUGAGAGGAAUAUUUUAGAAGCUGUAAAGCACCCAUUUAUAGUGGAAUUGGUAUAUGCUUUCCAAACAGGUGGUAAACUAUACUUAAUUUUAGAAUACUUAAGUGGUGGCGAGCUAUUUAUGCAUCUUGAGAGAGAAGGUAUUUUCCUAGAGGACACAGCUUGCUUUUAUUUAUCAGAAAUUAUAUUGGCACUGGAACAUUUACAUAGUUUAGGCAUAAUAUAUCGUGAUUUGAAACCAGAAAAUGUCCUAUUGGACGCCCAAGGCCAUGUAAAACUUACAGAUUUUGGAUUAUGUAAAGAACAUAUUCAGGAAGGUAUUGUCACACACACGUUCUGUGGUACCAUUGAAUAUAUGGCACCAGAGAUUCUGACACGGAGUGGUCAUGGAAAAGCCGUAGACUGGUGGAGUCUGGGAGCACUGAUGUAUGACAUGCUCAUUGGACAGCCUCCAUUCACCGGCGACAAUCGUACAAAGACUAUAGAGAAAAUUUUAAAGGGUAAACUAAUGCUGCCAGCCUACCUCACACAAGACGCUCGCGAGCUCAUCCGCCGCCUCAUGAAGCGAUCAGAGACCCAGCGUCUCGGCGCCGCGGGUGCUCAGGCCGUACGCGGCCACGCGUUCUUCAAACAUGUCAACUGGGAGGACGUGGUCUCUCGCAGACUGGAACCUCCUAUUAAACCGAGACUGACUGGUGAAGACGACGUUUCCCAAUUCGACACCCGCUUCACACUACAGACGCCUAUCGAUUCGCCAGAAGAGUCGACACUUAGCGAAAGUGCCAACCUCAUGUUCCAGGGCUUCACAUACGUGGCGCCAUCAGUGAUGGACGAGAUCCACAAGCCGCGCGUGAUCACGGCGCGCUCGCCGCGCCGCCCGCGCCCGCACCACCACGCCGCGUUCGCCGUGCCGCUCGCCUCCACCGCGCACCAGCACCAGCACCAGCAGGAGGACCUCAUGGAUGUACAAGGUCUACCUAUAUACAAGUGAUGAGAUUGGCCUGCAAGAGGAGAAUCUUCGGAAUCCCAGAUUGUAGCACUGUUAGGUACAAUUCACGUUGAUAUUUCAAAUAAGUAUGCAGGUGCAAGUCUGAUAUCAACUGUCUGCGCUGGUUGAUCGAUAAGUAUGUAGGGUAGGUAAUUGCACUAGUUUUCGUCCGGCUCUAUUUUUCGUCCACUUAACGAAAUUUGAAUAUAAACCUUCAUUGCUCCACAAAUUUGGACUUAUUGCAAUCCUUAUUAGUAACUAAACAAUUUUACUACCUACAUAAAAAUUAUAUUUCGCAAGUAGUAAAUUAAAAAUGAAAUGUAUUAUUUGCUAAUCCGUCAAGUGGACGGAAACUGACACUGAACGGUAAACUGACGCAAUUACCCUAUCAGUGCUCUCUGACUGAGCGGCUAGCGUUGCGCAGUGCUAGCACUAAUGCUCAGCACGAGAGGAUAAUUAGGAAUAAGUAAAAAGUGUCCUCCCACAGGGCCACGGCGGCAGCAAGAAAGCAAGGUUACUCGAUUACCGCCCAUGUUACACUUAAGAUCGGUUUUCCUAGGAUAGCGGUGCCGUCAUAUAGCGGCCGUCUCCAUACAAAUACUGUGACAUCCAUAUUUAGCCGUAUUAUUUAGUAUGGAGACGGCCGCGAUAUGACGGCACCGCUAUCCUAGGAAACCAGAGCAUUACAGAUUUAAAAAUAUUAUUUGUAUUUUCUUAAUAUUAAAGGGCACAUUGCCUGGUUCCUUAUAAUAUACUACAUAUUUAAUUUUAUAAAAAUAUUUAUGAGGGCAGAUUAUUAAGGAUUAAUAUUUAACAGUAUCUUGAUAUGCAUAAUAACUAUUGUGGUAAAUGUGUGAUUAAAUAUCAUUUAAUAUGUAUGCGUGUACUAAUCGAGGGCUUUUGUUUGCAGGCCUAGAAUAAUUCACAUUAGUUGACCAUUUAUACUAAGGAUGAUGAAUUAUACUACAAAGAUGCCCAUGUAAUACUGUCGGUGAAAAUAAUGGUACUGUUUUAUACUAUUAUUAAUGGACAUUUUAUACAAGUUACCGUUUAGUCUAAUAUUUGGGUAGAAUAAUCACGUAUAUUAAAAUGUUCUAACUCCGACUAUAUGACAAAAAUAAUAAUUUACAAUAUAACUUGUUACCAUGCUUCAUGAAUUGAAAUAAAGGUCAUUUUUUAUUUUGUAA